AUGAAGAAAGUAGUGUUGAAAUUGGAGUUACAUGAUGAUAAAGCCAAGCAAAAAGCCAUGAAGACAGUCGCUGGCCUCUCAGGGGUUGAUUCAAUUGCCGUGGACAGUAAGGAGAAGAAAUUGACAGUGACAGGAGAUAUAGAUCCAGUAACUAUAGUAGCUAAAUUGAGGAAGCUCUGCCACACAGAGAUAGUCAGUGUUGGACCAGCAAAAGAGCCUGAGAAAAAGAAGGAAGAACCCAAAAAGGGUGAUUCCAAGAAAGAUGAUGCAAAGAAAAAUGAGCCCAAUAAGCCAGAUGACAAGAAAAAAGAUGAUUCUUCCCAGCAAUUGAAGGUUUACCAGCCCUAUAAUCAGCAAUAUCCUUACCAGCAAUACCCUUAUCAGCAAUAUCCAUAUCAGCAAUACCCUGCUCCCAUGCCGGCAUAUUAUGCUAGACCUGUGGAAGAUGAAACAACAAACGCUUGUGUUAUUUGCUAG